CCUUGGACACUCUUUGUAAGUUCUGAAGUUCCAUGUAUUUAUUUGGGUUUUUUGAACUUUGUAUUUCGACUAGUAAAAUACAGAAACUCUUCAGCACAAGCAGCGUGCUUUCUGCUGAGAAAGAUGGAUCUACUGCUUCCAAAGACAGCACUGCUGAAGUGGCAUCAAAGAGUCAGGAGGGUAUGCCAGAAACACCGAAGCAGAAGUUGUUAGACCUUAUUGGUAAUAUGAAAGUAGAAGUGAGCUACAGGAAGAAACUUCAACAGUUAAAAACACGUGAGAUCAAAAAGCAAGCUACAAACAAGCUGGAAGGCCCGGACAGUGAAGGUAGCAUGCUUCAGAAGGCUACAGAAGACACCCAGCGAGGCAAGCCUUUAAAUCCAGAAUUGGUGGAGGCUGUUUCUGCAGUCGCAUCUUCCCUACCAGUUAACAAGAAACAGACAGAAUCAGAACUACUCGCACAACUAAGACGACAUGAAGAAACCACAGAUAAACAGAAAAGGGGAGGAACUAUUAACAUACGCAACGUUAUUUCAGAAAUGGCAGUUAAAAGGCAGUCCCCAGCUCAGAGAGGUGCGAGGAGAUCCAAUCGCAUUUCCUUGGACUUGGAUGAGGAUGGUCAAACAAUCAAUCCUGAAAGAUUGUCUUUUGACUCCAGAAGAAGUCUCAAAGUAGGAAGGAGGCUUAAUAUAUUCACUAAGGCUUCUACAGAAACAGAAAACGCACUGAAAACAGUAUCUUCACCAACAAUUUGGGAUCUGGAAUUUGCGAAAGAGGUUGCAGCAAUAACGGCACAGCCUCCCCGAAACGGUUUUGAGGAGAUGAUCCAGUGGACAAAAGAAGGAAUACUGUGGGAGUUCCCCAUUGACAAUGAAGCUGGGAUGGAGGAUGAUGCUGAAUUUCAUGAACAUAUCUUUCUGGAGAAACACCUCAAAGACUUUCCCAAGCACGGACCAAUUCGCCACUUCAUGGAACUAGUCAUCUGUGGGCUUUCAAAAAACCCAUACCUCAGUGUUAAACAGAAGAUUGAACAUAUUGAGUGGUUUCAGAAGUAUUUUGAGGAAAAGAAGGAACUUCUUCAAGAGAUUUGAGACUUGGGAAAGUGCGUAACCUUGAAAUGAAGAAUCAUUAUGUCAAAAUUGAUGAUUUCUUACAAUGGAAAUACUGUCAGUGCAUAGUAAUCAUGUGACCUGCAAGUUGUAUUUUAAAUAAUAAACUGAAAGGUCAUACUUUCAUAUGUGUAUGUCCAUGUAUAUACAGAUAUUUUUUGACAAUGAAAGAAGGAACUGAGAAAGUACGGCUUUUGUAGAAUGUGCAUUUAAAAUUUAGUUUGUCAAAAUGGUUGUCUUUUAAAUUUGAAACUAAUCUUUUAGCCAUACAAAAUAUCAGGUCUAAUUCCACUUCCUACAACCCUUCACACUUGGUGUGUAUCUUGACAGGUUUGAUCAUCUUUCCGAUUCUGGAAAACUUGCAAUGCUUUCAUUUUUAAAAACUCCUGAUACAGCUCUAAUUUUGAAAAGGUGUUAC